AAAGCACUGUGUGCGUCAGUGGGGCAUGCCAGCACCGCGUUGAUGUGUAGAAUAACCGCCUCCAAAAUUCAAAUCCACUGCCGCCGAAGCAAAAGCGGGACUCUCUAUGAUGCUGUAAUUAGCUAGCUACAAUGUUUCCAAAAAACGUAUCGUGAUUUUAUCGUCUUUUGUAAGUACAAAACGAGCUAGCUAGUCAUAAAACGGAGACUGUUCAUUCUUGUUAAUCGGUAACGUCAUUAGCAUGCUAACGCGUUAGUUAGCUAAAUAUCUAAAGUUAGCUACUGGCGGGUUUUUUUUGCAAGAAAAAGCUAGCUAUAUUAUUGGAUGUGGCAAGACCGAUACAGCUAGCACUAGGUUGAUGGUCAACGCUUGUUUGCGUGGUCAGCAAACGGCUGUUAACAAUAUUUAUUUACAGAGCUAAAGUUAGCUAGCUAACUACAUCGUUAGCCAAGGCAUACAUUCAAGGUAGGUAGUUGUAAACAAACCCAUUUCCCCCAGUGCAUGGCCUGUUGCGCAUUAAUGAUGCCCGAAGAAGUUCAGAACAUAUCGGCUUGUUCCGAUCCAUUGACUGAAAAUAAUCAGAAUUCUUUCUUACAUUCUACUUUGGAACAGUUCUUUGCUGCAAAAACACGUACACUUAAAAUUGAUAAAACGGAUGCUGUAGCUGUCAUUGAACUUCAGAGAUAUUUGACAGAACACCAAAAUGUUGGACAACAUCCUCCUGACAGCUACAGCUAUGACAUGAUAGUGACUGAUGGAGUCUGGCAGGCCAAGUGCAUUCUUGACUGUAGUUUAAAUCAUCUGAUCCACAAAAACAUUAUUCGUAGUGGAAUUGAUAUCAACAUCACCCAGUGCUCCUUUGUUUUCAAUGAGAGAAGAUUGGGUCAGGGUUGUGUUUGCAUUGAGAAGAUUGAACAUGGUUCAAAGGAGUCUAAUGUGUUGCGCAAGAUUAAGGACUUGGAUUCCCUCCCCAUGAUUUCAAAGGAUGGCUUUGGGAACAUUGUGGCAUUGCAAAGUGAUUCACCUCUGCAGGUGGGCCGCAAACAUUACCUGUCUCUUUGGAAUAACGAGGAUCCUGAAGGCAGACUAUGGGUUCCAGAUGUCCCCCCAUCAGAGGUGGUGCUGGAUGUGUCAAAGAUGACCCUCCUGUGUGAUCUAGAGUCGUCACUUGGAUGCAUGUUUCGACCUCUCCCCCUGAUAGUGAGGGUGAUUCAUAAAUCCAGACUUCGGUAUUAUGGAAAACCUGACCUCAAGAUUUAUUACCCGUACCAGGCCUACUUUGAGGUUGCAGACCAGAGUGGCACCAUGUCCCUUGUCCUGUGGAAUGAGCUGUGCCCAGAAUGGUACCAGAGACUGAAUGUUGGAACUGUGCUCUAUCUCCAAAACUACACCCUCAAGCAGAGCUAUCAGAACAGGUCACGACCUCACAUAGACAACCACAGAAUGAAGAGCUUUCACUCAGUAGAAAUUUGUCUGAAUCCACGGAAUCCCACUGCAGUCCUUACUGUGGUUCCAGCCAAGAGUGUGCCACCUCAAUGGGGCUUGCCUGAGGUUUCCUACCAGUUCGCCAUUAGAUCAGAACUGGACAGCUUGGCCAGCAAUUCUGCAUGUGAUGUCAUUGGCUUGGUAACUUUUGUGAGUCGGGUGGAGAGAAUAAAGAGUAAGGGGAACACAGGCCCAGAAAAAUACUGGACUUACCGCUGGGUCCAUGCAGUGGAUGGAACAUCCAAUAUUCCUUUCAUUUUGGAGAUUUUUGCUUCUUCACAACCAGAAAUAUUCAAUGGGCUAUACCCAAUGACAUACCUGGUUUGCACUCAGAUGAGGAAGUGUCAAGAGCAAGACUCACUGCCUUACCUCACCAGCAGCUGUGAGACACAGAUAUUCACUACAGGGUAUCACAAGGGCCAGCCCUACGUGUCAGACCCCAGGGUGAAGAGCUUCAUCCAAUGGACCAAGACUCUGAAGGACAGUGUCAUGCUGAAGAAGACUGCUGUUGGUGGCCAUUACUGCUUCCCUCACGCCCCUAUUAUCUUCACACAGUCUGUGGCAGAUGGCUCAGCUCAAGUUCCUCUAGUUGCUGCAAAUGACUUGAAGAGUGAGAUGGAGGGUCUGCAUUAUCGUGAGCACAAGCGUCUGGCAAUCCAAGGACAGAUCAUGGCUGUGUACUAUGUGACAUUGCCAGAGGAGACUCUGUCAGACCAGCAGAUGGUUCAGUCUGUUGUGGCUGAAUCUGACCCACCCAGUGAUCAGAGGACUGUAGAAGUGACUCAGACGCUGAUAAACAGGGAAACAGCGCCCUCUAGUGUGCAGAGCUCACCCAGCAGACGGAAAAGAAAACAAGCCAAGAGAGUGAUGAAGCGAUGCUACAUUACUCGUGCCAGGAUGCAAGAGAAAAGGGACCCACCCAGUAGCUCAGGUUAUGGUGCGAGCAUGUCUGUUCACAGAGAGGCUGGCCAUGGCUUAACAGAAGAGGAGCUAGGUGAAGAGGAGAGUGAUUCUGAAACAGAGGAAGUUAGUUCACUAGAAAAAAGAACUGACCAAACUAGAGCCAGUGGACAACUAGGUCUACCAGAUAUUCCACAGAGUGAAGGCGCUACUGGAGAGAGAGCAGUUGCAGACUGUGAUAGGACAUCGUGGGAAAGCAGCUCGUGGCCAAAGCGGAGACAAGAAGUGUUAGAAUAUUUACAUCCUGGUGGUGUGUACUCAGAGAGCCUUUCUCAGAGAUUCAGAUUUGACGACAAGACCCUUCUGCUGCAGCAAAGUAACCUACAUGCUGCUAGGUGGACUCCAGAGCAAACCACAGACACCCUCUCACCAGUAACCUGCAAAGGAUACUAUAAAAUCACAAUAUUAGGUAUAAACCAGCAGAUGGCCAUCGAUGCUGCCUUUGUUCCCGUGAUGUCAUCUGGGGACCCCAGGUCCGUAGGUCUAACACAAGACCCCCAUGACAACACACUUCUGUCCUGCCUGUCUGCAGGCUUCAUCUGCCCUCUCGCAGACCCCCUGAGCCAGAGUGAGGUUGCUCUCCCUGAACCAGGGGAGAUUUUAGCAACUGCUGAGGAGCUGAAAGACACCCAUCUUGUGUGUAUCCUUGACCUCUGUCAUCUGGGAGGAGAGAAAGUAGAGGUUAUAAUCACCAAGGUGUAUAGAAUGACUGAUAUUGCUUUGGUAUAGAUAUUGGACCACAGUAUGUGUUGUCUUGUCUGACAAAUCUGAAAUUAGUGUGUUCUUUUAACAUGAUUAGCCAGACAUUUUAUUGUUAAAUACUGGAAAUAUUUUUGUAGAUAUUUUUUUAAAUGGGGGUUUGAGUAUUUUUGAAAAAAACACUUUCAACAAGAAAUAAAAUAAAUCACAUUUUAAAUGAGGAUUCAUUAACUUUUUUUAAACUUCAAUAUUUGUCAAAUCGUCUUCCACAUUCACAUGCUUAAUGUUUAUUUAUGCCAUAGCAUAAAGACAAGCUACAUGGGCUCUGGGAAAAAAAGUACAUGGAACUAUGCAGAAGGUAAAAUAGUUUAGUUCUGUUAAACAUCCUGAAACAGGAUAUAGUUUAAACAUUUGAGCUAUAGUGUGGUUACUAAACUGGUUUCACAUUAGGCUGAACUUUCCAACUUGUGAUGCUGUAAACGAAGGAAUUUCCUAAAUUAUUUUGCUUGAACUUUGGUGUUUCAAGCCUACAGUGUGAUGUAUUAUCUUGUGCACUGUUAUGGCAGCAGUAGUGUUGACGUUUCAUGUGUUUGUUGACACAGCUAAUUUUAAAUCCUGCUAGAACAUUUCCUCUUACACACUUUCAAUAGCACACUGGCUGAAACUAAUGAAGACAGAUCAAGAUGUUUUGGAUUACAACACUGCAAUAUCACAAACAAAAUCAUGUGUCAAAUCAACAAUAUGCUGUAUUCUUUUUCCAGGCUUGCAUUCACAGGUAAACUUGGACUAAACACAUGCAAAGCUAGUGAGCAAGGUCCACAAAGAUAAGAGAGAGACGACUGAUGUAUUUGGUUUAGGUUACAUAGAAGGCAGGUGUCAGUUUACUGCUUACAAUACAACGCCCCAGGCAGACGAUGAUCAGGAAGACAGGGCUUGACCCCACUAUCGAUGAUGUCAUCCCCACAGUGACUGUACAUAUACAGUGGGGCAAAAGUAUUUAGUCAGCCAGCAAUUGUGCAAGUUCUCCCACUUAAAGAUGAGAGGCAUGUAAUUUAUCAUAGGUACACUUCAACUAUGACAGACAUAAUGAGAAAAAAAAAUCAUGGGUGUUGAAAACAACACCUCCGCUUCGCUGAUCCUCAACACAAGGGUGCAUGCUCAGCCCUCUCUUGUACUCCCUGUUCACCCAUGACUGCGUGGCCAUGCAUGACUCCAACUUCAUCAUCAAGCUUGCAGACGACAACAGUAGUGGGCUUGAUUACUAACAACGACGAGACGGCCUACAGGGAGGUGGUGAGGGCUCUGGGAGUGUGGUAGCAGGAAAAUAACCUCUCACUCAAUGUCAACAUAACGAAGGAGAUGAUUGUGGACUUUAGGAAACAGCAGAGGUAGCACCCCCCUAUCCACAUCGAAAGGACUGCAGUGGAGAAGUUGGAAAGCUUCAUGUUCCUCGGCAUAACCAUCACUACCUGCCCUCCAGGACACCUACAGCACAUGAUGUACCAGGAAGGCCAAAAAGAUCAAGGACAACAACCACCCAAGCCACUCCCU